AAAAAUCUUUGAUUUUUAAUGCACAACAUUUAACGCCAAAAAUUUUUUGAGUGUGUUUACAUGACAUUUUGAAAAGCGUUAUGAAAACUUCAAGAAAUAUGGAUCUAUUGACCUUUUUCUUUUUCGUUUUAAUCAUCAAAUCAUGUUCGAUAUAUGCCACAGUACCUGCAGAUACAGGACCCGUCUGCUUUGAUGAAUAUGGUUGCUUUAAUAAAUCCGAAAUUCAUAAAGAUUGGCCGACAAAAAGCCAGAUUGGACAUUAUCCAGAAUCACCAGAAAAACAAAAUAUAACUUUCAACAUAUUCUCCUGUCGUGAUAGGUAUAAUCCAACGGUAUUGCGAUAUAAUGUCAAUGAAAAUGAAAUGAGAAACCUUAACUAUGAUCCAAGAAAUCGGACACUUGUCGUAAUUCAUGGUUAUACUGAUUUUUACAACCAAUUUAAUUGGAUGGGCAAUCUAAAAGACCAUGUACUGAGGCGAAAAUCUUGUGAUUUAAAUGUAAUAACAGUCGAUUGGAGUCGUGGAUCAAAAACAUCUCCAAACUAUUUACAAGCAGCGGCUAAUGUACGAGUAGUUGGUGCAGUGGUUGCAUCAUUUAUCGGUCGAUUAAAUAAAGUUUACCAGACAACUAAUGAUCAUUUUACAAUUAUGGGCCAUAGUUUAGGAGCACAAGCUGCCGGUUUUACUGGGAAACGUUUACGAAAACCAAAAGCACGAUUAAUUAUAGGUCUUGAUCCAGCUGGUCCGGCAUUCAGCGACGUAAGCGAAGAAAAUCGUUUGAAUCCAAAUGAUGGACAAUUAGUGAUUUCCGUCCAUACAAAUGGAGGAGUUAAUGUUUUAGAUGGAUUAGGCAUAUUGACACCUGUUGGACAUUAUAGCUUUGUACCAAAUGGUGGUGAAAAUCAACCUGGUUGUGAACCCGUUCAUGGUAUACCAGGGGUUUUAAUAAAUGGUCUUGGCGAAGGUUUAUCAGAUGCCAUUGCAUGUUCGCACAGACGGGCUUAUCUAUUGAUGGCAUAUGACGAACAAAUGUUUGAUGAUUUUGAAACCAAUGCCUAUCGUUGCAAUAAUUAUACAGAUUAUGAGGCUGGUAAAUGUGGUACAUGUCUUGAUGGUUCGGAUGAUUGUCAACCAUUUGGACAAUGGUAUGAUUAUUGGCAAAAACAAAAACCAUCGCGAAAAUGGACAUCACCGAUUGUUUAUUAUGUAGACACAAGAACGGAAAUGCCAUACUCAUAUUUUUUCUAUCAGAUUAAAGUAAAAACGGGAAAUAAUUUUAAUAAAUAUGAUGGACGUUUGGCAAUGAACAUAACUGGUUCUUUACGAAACGAUUUUGUUGAAAAAAUAAACAUGGAAUAUAAUUUCAAACCGAAUAAAGAAUAUACCUAUUUACAUAAAUCUUUCAAAUCAUUAGGACGAAUAGUAAAAGUUGAUGCUCAACUCCAAGACAAGUCUGAGCAAAAAUCUGGCAUCAAAAAAUUGAUUGGAAAUUCCAUUGGAAAACGAAAAGAACAAAACAUUGUAAUCGAUGAGAUACAAAUUAAUUAUAUGAACGGAUAUACGGAAAGCAAACGUCGACAAUUAUCCACAAUUAUGAGAAAUUCAAAUACAAUUAUCACAACAAAGGAAACCGUUACGUUUCACCCUUCCACGAAUGGCAAUAAUAAUGGCAACAAUAAUAGUCAGGAUGCUAGUCCACAACGACCAACCAAUGAAUCAAAUGGCACCAAAAACAAAAAUCCUAACAACAGAUCCAGUGAGAAUAUAACAAAUCGCAAUUGAUCAGGGCGUAUCAUAACGUAGAAUUUAGUUUUAAAUUUCAAAAGAUUAUGGUAUUUAAUUAGUUAUUUAACAAAAAAAAAAUGAAAAUGUAUUUAAAAUGUUUUC